CGUUACAUGUGGAUAAGCGAUCUGUAGCUUAACGUUUGAAUUUCGCAAAUUGGGUCGGUUUAGCUGUAGUCAGAUAACUCUGCAUUUAAAAAAAAGGUUCUCGAAGCUAAGCGUCCAUAUUUCAGUUAUAUGGAACGACGCAAGCCCGCAAUUAUUUAGAAAAACAGCUGCAGCCAUCUGAACUUGCUAGCCUGAUCGCUACUUUAGCAAAGGAAACGAAAGCUAAAUGUCAUGGAGAACUACAGAAAAGCACGCACAGUUGACCAGCCCUGCCUGUGUCCGUUCCCCGACCUGCCCAGCAACACUCCCGAAGUUCGAGUGAAGGAUGGCAGCAAAGUCCGGAACCUGAUGAGGUUUGCUUUAAGCCGUAUGGAGGAGAAAGCCCCUUCAACAGAUCAUCCAGACACCUGUGAAGGCUCAGAGGUGAGCGUUGGGUCGGGGGAGAAUCUAUGCCGCCAAAUCGUGUUCACAGGUGUGGGUCAGAGCGUGGCUAAAGCCAUCACGUGCGUGGAGAUCAUGAAACGCCGUGUUCGCUGCCUACACCAGCAUACCAAGCUUGCCUACCGCACGGUUCAGGAGGUCUGGGAGCCCCUGGAGCCUGAGGCCGGCUUGGACAGUCUCACAGUCAGCAGAAAUGUACCUAGUGUUUGGGUUCUGCUCUCCAGAGACCCACUUGAUAGGAACCAGCCGGGUUACCAAGCGCCCGGUUCUUUUGAUGCCUUUUGGGCUCAGGCUCUCAAAGAGGAAGCGGCAACCCCAAGACAUGAACAGAAAAGGAAGAGGGGAGGAACAGGGGCAGGAAGGGUGGACGGGGCGGGCCGAGGAAAGGGUCCGCACAAGCACUCGGGCCGACCUGGAGGAGCACGUAAACCUCUAGGUCAUGCUGGGGGUGGGCAGGAAUGAAUGAAUUUCGCAGCUUCCUGCCACAGCCGUAGCUUGGUUUCUGUUGUCGGACACAUUUUGAUGAAGAAUAUUCAGUGCCGUAUCUAAUAAGCAGAUUCUUGAGGAUGUCUGUCAUAAAAUUGAUGUUCAGUCCCUGAACAGUUCACCCAAAUUAAAAACUU